CCGCAUCAAGAAACCAAAAGCCAACUCAAAUCUUUCAGGAAAGAAAAUUUCUUAGUUCUGCAAUCAACCAGAGAGGAAUGGCGUCGGGUCAGUUCAAAGAAGACAGAGCCGAGGCAGCAGCUAAGCUUAGCGCUAAAGAUAUAGGAGACGUUAACAGAGAGAGAGAGCGCGAGUAUGGGUCCCAGUGGACGACGGAGAGGGAAUUCAGGGAGGCGCGAGCCGAGGUAGCAGCCAAGCUAGCAGCCAAAGACCUGGAAGACGCGAACAGAUUGAGAGAACGCGAGCAAGAGCUCUUGGCGGGGAGGGAGAAACAGGGACCCGGCGUUAUGGGGUCCAUGUUCAAGGCGGUGCACGACACGUACGAGCACGCCAAGGAGGCUGUGGUCGGUAAGACCCACGACGCCGCCAAUACUGCCGGCGAGUACAAAGACUAUGCGGCUCACAAGGCCGGGGAAACCGGGGAUGCAACAAAGCAGAAGGCCGGAGAGUUUGUGGAGAAAGCCAGGGAGACGAAGGACGCCACCGUGGACAAAGCUUCGGAGUAUACCGGAUAUGCCGCAGACAAGGCCAAGGAAGCCAAGGACGCCACCGUGCAGAAAACAGGGGAGUACAAGGACUAUACUGCCGAUAAAGCUAAAGAAGGCAAGGACACUACCUUGGGGAAGCUCGGGGAGCUCAAGGACAAAGCCAUGGGCUUCUUCUCUGGGAAGAAAGAGGAAACCAAGAACUAUGCCCAUGAGACAGGGGAAGUGGUCCAGGACAAGUUGGGAGCAACGGACGAUGCCAAGCGUAAACUGGAAGAGCUGAAACUGCGGGAAAGAUCGCAUGCAAACGAACCGAUUCGGGAGGCUGAUGAAUUCAGAAGCGAAAGUGAUCGAGGAAGAGCGGCGAAGAAUAACAUAAUUGGUUCAGUUGGGAGCGUGGGUGAAGCCAUAAAGUCGAAGCUGACUCAGCCUUCAGACGUGGUGGGGGAGACACGUGCCGCCAGGGAGCGUGGUGGGACGGGACGGCGUGGGGAGGAGGUGCUGAUCGAAGUGGAAGAGACGCGGCCGGGGGCGGUGGCGGAUACUCUGAAAGCAGCAGAUCAGAUGACGGACCAGACCUUUAACGACGUGGGACGGGUGGGAGAUGAAGGCACCAUCCGUGUGCAGCACCGCAAGAACUAUUGACGGCCCAACAAGUAUCAUGCGUGUGUGAUGCAGCCUGCAGUUUCUUAAUUAUAUAUAUCUACGUGCCAUAGUUUUUGACUUUUGCGGAUGUCAUGUAUGUAAUAAGUUUGUUUUGCUUCCAUGGAAGC